UUUCUUUAUAUAUUCAAAAUGUUGUUGAGCGUAUGUUUAUUUCCAAGACAAAAAGAAGAAAGAACAAAUCUACAAAUCAGAAAUUAGAGCAUAGUCCAGGAUGAUUGAAGGGACGACUAAUAUUCCAUGUUUCCCUAAUACUAAUCCACAAAACUUACCAUUAUAUGCACCUAUUCAUCAUAAUCUUGAUCAAGAUCAAGAUCAUAUGAUUUCUUCUUCAGUUCAUGUUGCAACUACAUCUUCUUUAUACCAUUCUCAUCAACCAAAUUCUUUCCUUUACAAUUUAUCCCUUUUGAAAGAAAAGGUUGAUCAAGUUCAAUCACUUGCCACCAUGUUUAUUUCUACUAAUAAUCAAACAAUAGUCCAAACAUCCGAGUCAACGUCUAUGGCCAUUGCAAAUAUGGGAAGCUUGAUUCAAGAAAUCAUCACAACUGCUUCCUCUCUCAUGUUCUCUUGCCAGAAGAUUUCCCUCGGCUCGACUUCAACCACCAACAAUAUUAAUUCAAGUAGAUUUCUUGAACCAUCUCAAAUCAAGCUUCAAGAUGAUGGCCAUGUUGAUCCUUUGCCUCAAGGUUUCUACCCGAACGAAACGCUUGAUCAUUGGUAUGAAGAGAAUUAUGCUUCUUGUAGUAAUAUUGAAGAUAACAAAAGUCAUAGUACUAUUAUAGCUAUUAGUGAUCAUAGUAAUGUUCAAUUGGGAAAAAGGAAAUUCAAGAAUGAAGGAAUGCAAAAUAUUUCAUCACAAGAAAAUUGUGAUAUUAUUGAGUUGGAUGCAGCUGAUUUAUUGGCUAAGUACACACAUUAUUGUCAAGUUUGUGGUAAAGGGUUUAAAAGGGAUGCUAAUUUGAGAAUGCAUAUGAGAGCUCAUGGAGAUGAAUACAAGUCUAAUGCAGCCUUAAGUAAUCCAUUGAAAAACAAUGGAAAUGAUGGAAUAAAUGAUAGAUUAUCAAAAUUGAGUAAGAAAUAUUCUUGCCCACAAGAAGGUUGCAGGUGGAAUAAAAAACAUGCCAAAUUUCAGCCACUGAAAUCAAUGAUAUGUGUCAAGAAUCACUACAAGAGAAGCCAUUGUCCCAAAAUGUAUGUGUGCAAUAGAUGCAAUAAGAAGCAAUUUUCUGUGUUGUCUGAUCUUAGAACUCAUGAGAAACAUUGUGGUGACCUGAAAUGGCAGUGUUCAUGUGGUACUACUUUUUCAAGGAAAGAUAAGCUUAUGGGGCAUGCUACUUUAUUUGUUGGACACACUCCAGUUAUAAAUUCCUUGGCCAAGAUGGGAAAAUAUGAGCAGAAUAAUGUUCAGUUAAGUUCAAUUACAGGAUAGGUAAAAGAGGAAGUUUGGCGGUGGAAUCGCUCGUGGCAGCUAAUUAUGGCUUUGGCAACGGAACAAUGGUGCGUCGUGCAAGUGGUGCCGCAAGGUACCAUGUGCACAGGGCUAAGCUCAGUACAUGUCGAAUGCCGUGUGAUUGUUGUGGGGGUAGAUUUUAUUACUUGGUUGUUUUGUUCAUCUUUUUCUUGUAAAAUGUUGAUGAUGUGCUUUAAUCAUGAGUAUGAAAAUUAUAAGUAUAUCCUAGCUCGAAAGAGAGAAAAAAAUACUUGCCAUGCAAUCUGAUAAACAGUAGCUUUAUAACAUUACAUUGAUACUCUACGUAGUUAUAUUUUCGAUCUGAAGGAU